GUGCCUGGGGCUCGAUCGUUGCUCCCAUCACACCGAGACGCAUUCAGGCAGUUCAGCGCAAUAAGUGACGCUCUAUAUUGCAAUGGUUACACCGUCAGUCUGUUCUUUCACAGUAGACACGCCGGAGCUGCAAUGAAGUUUCUGCAGCAUCAACAAGGUGAAUGUGAAGAUAGGAAAUACUGAAGUGAAGGUAUUUUCUGACUGACAGGCAGGGGCCUCGUCCAUGUGGGCUUCAUGCUGUGGUCUGCUGAAUGAAGUCAUGGGUACUGGGGCCGUCAGAGGCCAGCAGCCGGGGUUUGGGGCGGGUGCUGGACCCUUCAGAUUUGCCCCCAGUGCGGGCUACUCCACAUACCCGCCCACCAGCUCAGGGAGUCCCAGUCUUGUAUGCAAGGCCUGUGGCCAGGCCUUCUCAGUCUUCAGGAGGAAGUAUAUUUGCUGCGACUGCAAGAAGAGCUUCUGCUCGCUGUGCUCCGUGCUGCAGGAGAAUUUGCGCAUUUGUGCCACAUGCCAUUUGCUGAAAGCGACGGCCUUUCAGCGGCCUCGGCUCAUGCGUCUACGAGUAAAGGACCUGCGUCAGUACUUGCUGCUCCAUAACAUCCCCACCGAUACCUGCAGGGAAAAGGAAGACCUGGUGGACUUGGUGCUCUGUCACCAAGGCAUUGAAGAGGAGGAGGACCCUGACACGGGAAGCCUCCACUCGCGUUCCUUGUAUACACCGACCCCUUCUACCACACAGUCUGCCUCUGAGCUGUCUGCUUUCGUCGCCUCUCAGGAGGAACCGCUCAGCAGGAGUGAUAGCUCUGACACCAACCAGGAUAUAGGUGACGCCACGUCGGUGUCUCUCCUCAACUUGGACCCCAGUGAACACACUCCUGAGGUGAGUCCUCAGGCGCGACGCCGGGCCAGAGCAUCUCUCUCAGACAUCUCCAGCUUGAGGGACAUCGAGGGCCUGUCUGUCAGACAGCUGAAGGAGAUCCUGGCCAGGAACUUCGUCAACUAUUCAGGGUGCUGUGAGAAGUGGGAGCUGGUGGAGCGUGUCAGCAGACUGUACAGGGAGACAGAGGAGAACAGAAAAUCAUUGGAAAAUGUGAGCAGUACUGUAACCACAGACGGCGAGAAGGGUCCGCUGACGAUCCAUGACGACAACCUCUGCAGGAUCUGCAUGGACGCCAUGAUCGACUGCGUUCUCCUGGAGUGCGGUCACAUGGUCACCUGCACCAAGUGUGGCAAGAGGAUGAACGAGUGCCCGAUCUGCCGGCAGUACGUCGUGAGGGCCGUGCAUGUCUUCAAGUCCUAGUGCACCAGAACAACACCAGAGCACCUGUUACAGAGCAGCAGCUCAGACUGAGACUGUACCUUCAACUCAACCAUGCAGCUCAUUACCUUUGAAUCCCCAAAAGACUUAUUUUGUGGAUGUUUCAUGUUUGUAUUCACAUUAUUUGCACAUCAAAAUAUUACAAGAAAUGUGUUUUUCUUUAGAGUUUGACUCUUUGUUUUCACCAGUGGGCAGAGCUUACAUUCGUACUUUCCUGCGAGUCAUUCCUCAAGUAAACAUAUCGCUAAUCUGUGUUCAUUCCUAAGUGUCCGUUUUGCUUUUCUUACAAUUCUUACAACACAAAGAAUGUGUGGCACUCAGCCACGUGCAGUCUUGUUAAACACAACUCAUCACCCUCAGAUCUGCCUGUAAACUGUAGCUGGCGCUCGACUCUGUAUUCUUUAGAGCAACUCUCUUUACAACUGCUGCAAGUGAAUACAUAUCUUAGUAACAUCGAGGACAGACUCACACUGAACCUAAGCACAGGAGAGUUAGGUGCCAAAUAAUGGGUCAUGCCCUUUACGCUUCUCACCCAUUUUUUUUUUCCUUGGACUGCGUGGGCCAGCUUGUGGCUGUCGAUUGUUCAGCACGUUUUAACAGAAAGCACUUUGUUCACUCUGCGUGUUGACGCACCACUGCUCACAACCGACUGCUAAAGCCGGUAAUAGUGGCUGAGGCAGCACGUGUACUAGUGACUGAAUACUGGUCCAAAUUUCAGCUUGACAGAGGAGGUUUACAAGGCCAACAACUUUGUUUAGGUCAGCAAGAAAAGCUAAAUACAAAUCAUUGAGCUUGUUUUCAUUCCAAGUUUUAAACUUAGUGUUACUCAGCCCACAAACGAGCAGAUGCUCUGCCGCUGUGGUUCAAGGAUACUGAUGGCGAUUUAUGAUGAAGGCAGAGUGUUAUUUAUAUUUCAUAUUCACUUAUUUUGUUACAAAAGAGCAUGAAGCAUUACACAUUGAAACGAAUCAUAGAAACUGUCAUCACAGCAAUAGCUAAACUCCACUGUCAUCUCUGUCCUGUCUCUGCACUUUAGUGGAGACACAAGACAAAAACCGGUGCUAACUCAUCCAACCAUCUUCCCUGUUUUCCAGCUGAACUGUGGAUGUGAAACUCUGAAUGUUUUUAUUUUUUGUUGUCGUCGUAUAUUGUUGGGAGUGGAAUGAAGUGUCUUAAUGCUUUUUAGUUGAUUCUCUCUCAUGUAGGAAGUAAUAUAUUGAACUAACUAUUCAAAGAUAUAGCGACGAGUUUACUGACACCUGUGGUAUAGAAAGUAUAUAGAAGUAAUGACUUGCUAAUGUACAUUUGCAUAUAUUGACCCAUAUGAGAUGAAUAUAUCUAUAUUUUUUCCAUUUGAUUUAAAUUGUGUAAUAUCAGAUUAUUCAAAUGUCCCUGGGAUUGGGUUAGUUUAUUAUUCCAGAGUUACUUUUUCCUGUCAAGUGGUUUGACACAUGUUUAAUCUGCAUAGGUUUGCUUGAAUUAUCUGUCCCUCUUGAACCAGAGCAUGACAACAACCUAUACGACCUGCACUGGUUACUUAUAUCCUCCAUCUUACCCACCUAUAAAACUCAAUUUACUGGUUUUCUUUUCUCUUAAUCCUACUCAUUUAGACGUACCCAGCUCUCUACUGUACCCACACAAAGUCAACAUUGCUGCUAUUACAGUAAAAAUGUCCCCUACAAUCAGAAAUAGUAGCGGAGCAGGUUGCACUUUUCCUCUAGAGAGGGUAUAAUUGUGUGCAAGGUUUUGUCUUUGUAUUUGGGAAUGUUGAACUUUUUAUUUUGGUAAUUAAAGAUUUUAAUUAAAGUCUGUUUUUGUAUA